CACUAUACUAUGUCGAGACCGCCGAACGAUCCCAACAGCCCUAAAGUCACCGCUGCGUGUCAUUGCGGGUCGAUCAAGUUGACUUAUCCAAAGCCGACCACCCCACUGACGGAUUGUCAGUGCUCAAUCUGCAUCCGUCUUGGCGGUCUCUGGGCCUAUUUCACUCAAAGCCAAGUUACGAUUGAGAUACGACCCGGGUUCCACAGGUCAUUUUCCGGCAACCUCAUCCCGCCCGAGGGUCUAGAUGCUCAUUUAGCGAAAGAGCCGAGCGACUUUAGAUAUGGACUCGGACCUGGAGUCGACACGUAUAGCUGGGGUGACAAGGAUAUCCUUACGUGCCGGUGCAAGACUUGCGGAUGUGUGACGCAUUGGGUCCCAUCGGACAAGUGGGCAGCCGACAAGGUGGGAGUGAACUGUAGGAUGCUGGGAAAGGAGUUGUUAGAGACAUUCGAGGUGGUGAAAUCUCCAGGGCCGGAUUGAAUGACCGGACCCGGAAAACGAUUGAAGGAGAAGCAAAGGCCUCCGCAAGCCAGUCAGUCACAUUAGUCACAGUACAGCAGCGUAUUUCCUUCGCUGUCCUCGAGUCAAAGUCAACCUGGUGUGAACGCGUUUUGUCAGUCCAUUGCGCCGAUACCCAUGCACCAGUCCAUGCACUCGAGAUACC